AUGAGAAGUGCGCUCCCCCUGCUCCUUUUCUUCCUGAUUGUCCUUUGCGGGCAAGGGGACUGCCGCAUGGCCAACGCAGAGGAGAAGCUCAUGGACGAUCUCCUGAACAAAACCCGCUACAACAACCUGAUCCGCCCAGCCACCAGCUCCUCCCAGCUCAUCUCCAUCCAGCUGCAGCUCUCCCUGGCGCAGCUCAUCAGCGUGAAUGAGCGAGAACAGAUCAUGACCACCAAUGUCUGGCUGAAACAGGAAUGGACAGACUACCGCCUGGUCUGGAACAGCUCCUGCUAUGAGGGUGUGAACAUCCUGAGGAUCCCUGCAAAUCGAGUCUGGCUGCCUGACAUCGUGCUUUAUAACAACGCCGACGGGACCUACGAGGUGUCUGUCUAUACGAACGUGGUGGUCCGCUCCAACGGCAGCAUCCUGUGGCUGCCCCCUGCCAUCUACAAGAGCGCCUGCAAGAUCGAGGUGAAGCACUUCCCCUUCGACCAGCAGAACUGCACCCUCAAGUUCCGCUCUUGGACCUACGACCACACGGAGAUCGACAUGGUCCUCAAGUCGCCCACGGCCAGCAUGGAUGACUUCACCCCCAGUGGUGAAUGGGACAUAGUUGCCCUUCCCGGGCGAAGGACGGUGAACCCGCAGGACCCCAGCUACGUGGAUGUGACUUACGACUUUAUCAUCAAGCGCAAGCCACUCUUCUACACCAUCAACCUCAUCAUCCCCUGCGUGCUCAUCACCUCCCUGGCCAUCCUCGUCUUCUACCUGCCCUCCGACUGCGGUGAGAAGAUGACGCUGUGCAUCUCUGUGCUUCUGGCGCUCACCGUCUUCCUGCUGCUCAUCUCCAAGAUCGUGCCGCCCACCUCCCUCGACGUGCCGCUCAUCGGCAAGUACCUCAUGUUCACCAUGGUGCUGGUCACCUUCUCCAUCGUCACCAGCGUCUGUGUGCUCAACGUGCACCACCGCUCACCCAGCACGCACACCAUGGCACCCUGGGUCAGGCGCUGCUUCCUACACAAGCUGCCCACUUUCCUCUUCAUGAAGCGCCCCUACAGCAGCCCCUCCAGGGCCCCCCAGCCCAGCCAGGCUCACCUGACCAAGUCUGAGGCCACUGCCACCUCCUCUGCCAUGGGCCCCGCCCGCUCCUCCAACCUCUACAGGAACUCCAUGUACUUUGUGAACCCCACCUCUGCAGCUCCCAAGUCUCCAGCCGGCUCUGACUCCGUGGGUAUCCCCAGGGAUUUCCGGCUGAGGUCUUCUGGGAGGUUCAAGCAGGAUGUGCAGGAGGCUUUAGAGGGGGUCAGCUUCAUCGCCCAGCACAUGAAGAGUGAGGACCAGGACCAGAGUGUCACUGAGGACUGGAAGUACGUGGCUAUGGUGGUGGACCGGCUGUUCCUGUGGGUGUUCGUGGUUGUGUGUGUGCUUGGCACUGUGGGGCUCUUCCUACCUCCCCUCUUCCAGACCCACACACCUUCUGAAGGGCCCUAGGCUGCCCCGCAUGUCUGAGGCCCCCAGGAUGUGGGGUGAGAUGAUGUGAGUGGCCAGGUGGACAGUUUGCUGCUUCCUUCUGGGUCACAGCUGAGAGGCCCUAAAAAAUUAGUCUAUCAGCCAUCAUCCCCAUCAAACAGCCAUGGCCUUGGGAGGGGCAAGGAUGGGGGGGCCCGGACCAUCCUCUCUGAAGGCCUUGGAGAAACGCCAGGAAACCCCCUGCAGGAGGGUCUUUGGACACCUUAAUUCCAGCCUGUCUUCCUUCCCUGCAGCGGGCAGCGGGGAUAAAGAUGAGCUAUAAGAGCGGCACCCAUGGUGCGCCAGGCAUCUUGCCUGCAUCCCCGCCUAUCUCUCACUCCCUCUCCCUCCACUCCUCCUUGUCCACUAAGUUCACUGGCCUUAUUUUAGUUGCUCACAAGCUUCAAGAUCUUCCCAGCUUAGAGCUCUGCAUCUGCUGUACAUUCAACCCAAACCUUCUUCCCCAUAUGUCUCCUGAGCUCUUCCCACGGCUACAUCAUUCAGGGCUCUGCUCCAAUCCAUCGUUUGUCCAAUGUCACCACCUCCAGAGGCCUUCCCCAGUCACUCAUUCCAAAGCGUUAUCUCCCACAGCCAUGUUACCUGACACCUUCCUCCAGCGCCCCUCGGUACCCGAGGCUCUCAUUUGGCAACAUGUUUAUUGUCCACCUCUCACCCACUAGAGUGUGAGCUCCAUGAGAGCAGGGGCCUGGCCCUUCAUGUUUGCUGCAGUAUC